AUGCGUACAGCUAACAAGAGUAAUCAUUCUUAUCAAAAUGAAAUUGAAAGCAUAACAAAAAUAAGAGGAAAUAAUAAAUGUGCAGAUUGCGGAGCAAAAUGUCCUAGAUGGGCGAGUAUUAAUUUAGGUAUAAUAAUAUGUAUAGAAUGUUCAGGCAUACAUAGAAAUCUAGGCGUUCAUAUUUCCAAAGUGAAAUCUUUAACUUUAGAUAAAAUUACUCCACAAUGGAUUCAUUGUAUAAAAAAUAUUGGUAAUGAUUUGUCUAACUCUUAUUACUUAUAUAACUUACCAAAAGAUACGUAUAGACCGAAGCAAGGAGAUUCUUCAAUUAUAAUGCAAAAUUGGAUAAAGAACAAAUAUGAGAGGAAGUUAUACGUCCCUGUUAAUAAGAAAGAACCAUAUCAAUAUUAUAUAGAAGGAGUCGAUCCCAAGAAUUGUCUUCCAGAUGAUGUAUCAGCAAAUUUAACAAUAAAUAAUGAUAAUACAUUUUCCAAAGAUAAGAUAAUUGACAUGAACUUCAAAAAUGAAAAUAAAAUUGAAAUAAAAGCAAAAAAUUUGGGAAAUAUAGAUAUUUUUGAUUCAUUAAGAAUUUUAGAUAAUAACAAAAUGGAUGAAUUAAUAAGCAAUAAUAAUGAUAAUAAAGAAAAGGGAGGUUUUUUAGAUAAUAAAGGAAAUGUUUCCAAUAAUAAAAUAUAUAUGAAUGAUGAUUUUUAUUCAUUUGAUAAUAUGAAUUGUAAUGAUAACAAAAAUAUUGAUAAAGACUCCUAUUUUUUUAAUGAUACUAAGAAUACAAAUAAUCCAAAUAACUUGAAAGAAUUCUGUUUUAAUAAUAAUAAUUCUCAUAUUUUUAGUGAAUUUGAUGAUAUCAAGAGUUUUAAUAGAUUUAACAAUAAAUCAAAUUUUAAUAAAUUUAAUGAGAAAAAAAAUUUUAAUAAUUUUAAUGAUCUAUCUGAAAAAGAAUUAAGAGAUGCAAAGGUUCAAGCAGCAAAAAAAUGUAUUGCACAACUUUUUGCAAAUUCAAAAAAUAUUUCGUUUUCUGAAAAAAAUAUAGCAAAUAUAAAUGAAAAUAAUCAAGAUAAUCAAAAUAGCAAUUUAAAAAACCAUUUAAAUAAAGCGGAAUCUAAUUUCAUAAAGGAAACUAAACAAAAUAUAUAUGAUAAAUACCAUGUUAAUAAUUUAAGUAGUUGUAAUCAUGAAGAAGGAAGCUUUAGCAAUAAUUUAAUUAAUGAAGAAAAAGUAAAUAGUUUUAAGGGAGAAAAUAAUGUAUUACAAAAUCUUGAUUUUUUUUUAUAA